AUGCUUUCCUUAAUUUGGAUUAGUAUCAGACUAGAAAAAAUACAUGCAGAAAACCCAGUACUUCAACUAAACCUUGAGUCAGUGACCAAGUCAUCAUACUCAAGAUUUAUCCAACAGCUUCGUACCCUUGCCAUAGUAGAUGGCAAGAUGUAUGAAGGUGUGUGGAUGCUACCAAAACCCAACAACAUUGAAAACUACAUCAUUGUUAAUAUUUCAACAUUAAGAGGUCAUUCAUUGAUCCAUAUUGAUGUUGGGAUCAACAAAAAUAACUUGUACGUUGUGGGCUAUAGGGAAGACUCUGGUCGGGCACAUUUCUUUUCUGGUGCUCCGGAGAAUGCACAAUAUCUUUUUCAAGGCCAAGUCAGUAAGCGAUAUCAAAUAAGAUUUGGAAGUGACUACGUAAGUCUUGAAGCAACAGCGCAUGUUAGUAGGAGUAUAUUGUCACCGAGUUUUGAUAAACUAAGAGAUCAACUAUUGCGUGUUUAUGCAUUGGAUGUCAAAAACAGAAAUUUUCACUAUUACCAAGCUAAUCUUGUUCUUCUACUAACACAAAUAAUCUCAGAGGCCGCCCGAUUCAAAUAUGUGCAAAGCAUGGUGAUCAAUGAUGGUCCUAUUCCUAAUUAUAAACUUCCGGUGUUGGAGAACAAUUGGAGGACUAUUUCUCGACGUUUUAAAAACUCCGUUAAAAAGACUAUUCGACCCCCUCUUGAAUUGUCAUAUCCUAAUAAUUCUAGAUGGGAAGUCACCCAAGUUGGUCAAUUGAAAAAUGAUUUGGGUGUCCUUACUUAUGUUGAGUGAGACUAAAGAAAAUGAAGUCUAGAUACAUAAAUCAAACCUUCCAUUAACAUUAGCUUAUAAUAUAUAAACCAUGUUGUCCUGUAUAAGUUUAGUUUACUUCUUCUACUCUCUUUUUUUCUUAAUAAAUGUUACAAUAUUUAGUACAUUAUAAUUUUUAAGGUUUUUUUUUACUCUAAGAUAGUUUUUUUUUUUUUUCAAUCUCACCUCAUGAUAUGAGUUGAUACUUUAUACGCUAAAAUUUGAACCAUCCAUGAAAAAUUUGUUGUUUGUUAAUACUAGUUGUUGGACCGCGUUUUAUCGUGCACGGCCUCCCAAGAUAGCAAAAAUUAAUUAGUCAAAUUAAUGGUGUAAUUAUUCUAGCACAAUUAUUUCAAUUAUAAAAUAAUUAAUGUAAUUUUAUUUUAGUUUAUAUUUGUUUACAGAAGAAACAUAUAGCUCAUGAAUUGAUGCUAUUAGUAACUAAAAUAUCUCAAGUGCAUCAUUGUUUAAUUAUGGUAGAGACUCGUGGAAACAAACCUAUAAUUAUUUCAAAUUACUUGUGAAUUUGUGAUGCAUAUUGUAACUUAUAUCCUUCUUGUCUUGUUCUCUUUUUGGGGCUUUGCCCCUCUUUUUGCACCAAAAAAAA